AUGAUGGAGCUUCAAGCAUUAAUCCAGCUGGUGAGUGAGUACCACCCCGGGGGCGAGACCUCAGCGUCGCGAUCAUCACUUUUGACUGCUGUGCGGCAGCUUAAGAUAGCUCUGUCAGACAUUGAAAAGGUUGGUGAAGGCAUUCGCCCUCUUGUAAAGGCACUUGUUACCGCAUCUGUGUACCUUCCAGAGGAAUGGGAAGAUAUUCUAAAGGUCCUGCGUGGCGUGCUCGCAAAUAACGCAGUGCCGUGGCUGCAUCGGGCCUUUUUGCUGAAGGCCCUUCCGGGGAUGUUUCUUGAUGCACCAGUGGAACGGCGCAGUCAGUAUGGGGAUGCACUGUGCGAGGUGCUUGUGCACUGGUCCAUACCCCCGCCAGAAAGCGAGGAGGCUGAUACACAAAAUACACAGGGCGAGGCAUUGCAGAGUCCUAACCCGCAAGAACGGCGUGUUGCCUUGACGGCUCUUCUUAGCCUUCAAGAAGAAUGCAGCGCCUCAAUUGUGGAGAAGCUUACGGCACAGCUCCCUCACUCGCUGUCAGCGUGUGUGUCAAUCGUGUCAAGCUCUUCAGCUCAAGAAGGGUUGAAAAGGGCGUUUGAGUUGUGGCUCUGCCAUCCAUCGCAGUCAGUGGAGGCAUCCUGCACACUGGAACUUCAAAAGGCAUUGAAAGAGCACUUUCGGGACUAUGGUGGCUUAAGGUGCGAACAGCUCUGCGCCGCGCUUGUAUCACAGAAUCCACCGAAAAAUCUCACUGAGCUUGAUGCAUUGCAGAAGCAGCUGCUGGCAUUGGAGGAGAUGGGCGCGUCGCAUUGCAAUAUUGUCGGCAAACGGGUCCCUUUGGCGUUUCUGCUUGCGAAGGUCGCAGAAGUAUUGAAUUUUAUCUACUCAUCAGAGCAGAAUUGCUUAGAGAAGAGUGUGAGAGACUUCACUGUGCCGUUAUCUGUCAUUCAGUUGCUCGUGCAACUAACUGACGUGGCAUUAGCGACGCCGGACAGUUUGAAUAGUCAAGAACUUGAAAAGGUUUCUGCGUGUCUCGUGGCGAUAGAGAGUGCUGACGCAGCUUUGGAUGCCCCUCUGCCAAUCAUUGAGUGCGUCCUCCAUCUUGUUCUUCGUGCACUGCCAUGCGUGUCAACCACGGAUGAAGGCGUGAGGUCCCUUCUGAAUGAAAUCUUUCGCGUUGCCGGCACUCUGCUGCCUGUCGUAGAGGAAGCCGUACUGAAGAUUCACUCCGCUGCUCCUCUUCUGCGUGAGCAGCAGCAUGCAGUGGAUUUUAACACAAAGACGGAUGGCAAAGAAGGCUCGACGCAGGCGACACAUCCCUUUUUAACGGCGCUGCGUGUGGCCCAAACGGUGGCGCAGUUGUGCCGUAUUUGUAGAAAAAAACUUCAACCCAAUAGAGCGAAGCCGCGAGACGAAGAAGGCUCACACAAUGAGCUUAGGGAUAUCGCUGCAGCGGUGCGCUGUGUAACACCGUCAUGGAGAAGAGAGAAGACAAAAACCCAACCUUUACAGGCGCCAGCAAACCCACACUCACGUCGGGUGGUCGCGGACGUCUCGGGAAUCAGGAAAGAGCCGCAUCAUUCAUAUAAACAACCACGCCAUGGUGAUCGAGGCGGUGGGCAUCCUCCUCUAAGACGUCGCCGCCGUGAAGCGCCACCGAUGUAG